CGUGGUAUGAUGGGAGGCCACGGUUAUAUAUUUCUCAUGGUCCCGAACUCGAUAUCUGCGUCUUCAUUAUUCAGUAAUACACCAUCCAUAGGAGAUCAUCAGAGUUUGGAAACCAAAGGUUGAACCGAUUCCAGCAACUUGAUCCGAUGGCUGGAGUUUUACCUAGCAUAUCUGAUAUUCGUUGUGAGGUUCCCGAACUUAGAGGAGAUAACUUUAAGAUAUGGAAGGAGAGAAUUCUUCUUCAAUUAGGGUGCAUGGACAUAGACUAUGCCAUAAGGAAAGAUGAACCACAUAAGAUCACUGAUACCAGCACACCUGAACAAAUUUUGUUGUACGAACGUUGGGAGAAAUCUAAUCGCCUUAGCGUGAUGUACAUUAAGACAAAAAUCAGUGCCGGUAUACGUGGUUCAAUCGAGCAACAUGAAAAUGUUCGUGAAUUGCUAAAGGCUAUUGACGAGCAAUUUGUCACUUCAGAUAAAGCCUUGGCAAGCACCCUAAUUAUGAAGUUCACAUCCUUGAAGCUCACCGCUAUAAGAGGUGUGCGUGAACAUAUCAUGGAGAUGAGGGACAUUGUGGCUCAAUUGAAGAAACUCGAGGUAGAAAUGUCUGAAUCUUUCUUGGUGCACUUUAUCCUUAACACUCUUCCACCUCAGUAUGGACCUUUCAAAAUCUCUUACAACACACAUAAGGAUAAGUGGUCUAUCAAUGAAUUGAUGACCAUGUGUGUUCAAGAGGAAGGAAGGUUAAUGAUGGAACAGGGAGAAAGUGCCAUGCUGGUGACGCAAAGGAAAGGAAAGAAAGGAAAAUCUCAAGCUAGUCAGAAAGGGAAGCAACAAAUUCCUCUUAAAUCUGACAUUAAGAAAGACGAAAAGAGAUCAUCAGAGUUUGGAAACCAAAGGUUGAACCGAUUCCAGCAACUUGAUCCGAUGGCUGGAGGUACAUGA